UGUAAUGGCUAGCCUGCGGCUCUGCAUUGUGUUCAUUAUUCUGACAUGUUCCCACGCCUGGGAUAACACGCACCUUUUCAGGGAUGUGUGCAGAGAGAACAGUUUGGGCCACCUCCACUUGGGUGAACUCAACUCGUCCGCUGUGGUUGCCCUUUCCUACCCUGCUCGAGUACGUCACCGCUGUGGCUUUACUGUGUCCAGCUCUGCUCGAGCUGUCAUCGUUGUCAUUCGAUUGCUCAAUCUCAGGAGGAGCGAAGACACUUGCGAUGAUUACAUUCUCGUAGAGGGCGGCAAAAGCGACACCUUCCAAUACAAUCGGCCCUGGUGCACCUUGCGGAACAACGAAAGUAACUAUGAUAUGGUUGAAGGUGACGUUCGAGUCUACCUCUCAGUAUCUCCGCCAUUCUCCAGCAAGUACACUGGUGUCAACAUCGCUUUCACCACUUACAGGCGAGGUGAUGCUUGCGAUGAAAGAGUGAUGUUCACAUGCGCCUCGAGCCGCGUUUGCAUAUCCAAACAAUGGACUUGCAACGGAAUUAACAACUGCGGCGACGACAGCGACGAACCGAAGCAGUUCACUACAGAAGGCUGUCGAAUGGACCCGGAGUAUGUGUGGGGACCAGUUCUCUUCACGACUAUACUCGUAGUCUUUGUCGGCGUUCUGGUCUACGUGGUGGUGUUCGACAUUUUCAAGAGCAGAGUUUCGCUGAGUACUGACAUGAAUUCGUCAUCGACGACUUCGCUGGACGCGUUUGCUCCGGCCUGAUGUGCCCUCAAGAGCGACGAAGCUGUGGAAGUGCUCACUCCAUGUACCAAAUUUCUAUGACAAAGUAGCAGUCGGAAUACGGUUUUCGAUAACCGUUUUGGACUUCGAUCACUCUGAAAGAAUAUAUAUGACCAAUAAUUUCGUGAAACAGUAUUCUGUGUAUCGUGACACGAAUCUGGUCCUUCGUGUGUGUUAUAGUAGAACAUUCUCUUUACAAGACUAUUCUUCCCUGUAGCAUGUGUUCUUAGUGUCAGCCGGUAAGACCGACGAGUUCGCGACGCAACAGAGCGAUUUCUCUUUCGUGAGCCUUUAACUGCAAGAGAAAUGAGACACGGGAGACGAUCGUUGAAAUCGACUUAACAUCCUUCGCAUAAUGAUUCUUCGUGUUUCUGAAUGUAAUUCAAUGUAUCCGUUACGUUUCGUCAAUAAAUUUCUUAUGGAAUGUG